CUGGUACAGCGGGGUCCCAGCCGUACGGUCCGAGCUGGAACAGGGCGUUCACACUCUCCUCUGCGCACUUUUACUUGUGUUUAUAAUUUCAUCGGACAGUAAUUUUGGAAGAGUUUCGUCAUUUUGAUGAUCGCUUUGAUGGAUUUCACUGUGUGAUCUCAUUAACGUGCACCGAAGAAGAAGAAAAAGAAGCGGAUCACCCUUCAGUCCGUCAGCUGAUCCCAGGACUCACUUCGAACACAUCCGGUUUGGAUAUGAACUGCUGAGACCGAGUUUAACCCUGUUUACCGACAGUGGAGCUGUGUCUGCAGUGUGUUUGUCCUCAGUGACAUCAGUGAGGUGGAGGCAGACAGACAGACAGACAGACAGACAGGCAGACAGAGGGGUAGGGUACCUGGCUGCAGGGUCCAGAUGGGGAACAGUGCACUGAAGUCUCACCUGGAGACCUCCCAGAAGACCGGGGUGUUCCAGCUGACAGCAAAGGGCCUGCAGGAGUUUCCAGAGGAGCUGCAGCGACUCACCGGUAACCUGCGGACGGUGGAUCUGUCCGGGAACAAGAUCGAGGUUCUUCCCGCUGCCAUCGGAAACUUCCUGCAGCUCAAGAGUCUGACGCUCAACUCCAACAGGCUGACCUGCCUCCCCAGUGAGAUCUCGAAGCUGAAGAAGCUGGAGACUCUGAGUCUGAAUGGGAACCGGAUCCAGCAGCUGCCCCCCACUCUGGGUCAGCUCAAAGCUCUGCGGACCCUCAGCCUGUCUGGGAACCAGAUCUCAGAGUUACCUUCUGGACUGGGAAGCCUGAGGCAUCUGGACCUGCUGGACCUCUCUCGCAACCAGAUCCAAAGUGUCCCCACAGAGGUGUCAGAGCUGCAGGCCAUAGAGAUCAACCUCAACCAGAACCAGAUCUCCGUCCUGUCAACAGAGGUCUCUCGGUGUCCCCGUCUGAAGGUCCUCCGUCUGGAGGAGAACUGUCUGGAGCUGUCCUCCAUCCCUCUGUCCAUCCUGAAGGACUCCCAAGUUUCUCUGUUCUCUGUGGAGGGAAAUCUGUUUGAGGUGAAGAAGCUCAGAGACCUGGAGGGAUACGACCAGUACAUGGAGCGUUUCACAGCCACGAAGAAGAAGUUUGCCUGAAGACUCUAGAUGACAGGUCUGAACCUCACAGCGCCACCUGUAGGGGGGGUCAGCAGGGACUCCACCCACCACCACCGCUGCUUCCUCUGCUGCUGAAAAGCAGACGUCACACAGCCUGACAGUCCUCCUCACAGCGCCCCCUCUGGCUGCUGGACUGUAAUCUGAGUUAACGGGGACAUCUCUCAAACACCAGCCUGAUUUAUGUGACCUACAGACAGACAUGAAGACAGACAGGCAGACAUGAAGACAGACAGAUUUGACCUGUUUGUGAUGUUUAACCUUCAUCGUGUUUCUCAGGAACAAAAACAUUUGUAUCUUCAUUCAUUCUCUCUUUAACUUUAACGUUUGCCUCUUUUAAUUAUUCUUUUCUUUAACUCGUAAAUUCGUCUGAACGUCUCAGCAGGAAACUUCCUGUUAACUCGGUGGUGAAAGUAGAGCUAUAAAGGUUUGGACAGUGCAGGUCUCUGUUGGAGUUUCUAAGGACGAAGACUCAGGUGGGUCCAGAAGAAAGUUUAGCAUGAUUAAUGAAUGUUAAGUAGCUGUUUGUCUAAUUUAAGUGGAGAAAUCCUCUUCAGUCCAUCACUGUAAAGCUGCUGGAGCUCGUCUCCACCAGGAAACAGUUUUAGUUCCAGCUUCUCGGUUCUCAAUCUUGGUUUUCACAGUCGUCUGUGAUGGUAAACUGGAUCUUUUUGGGUUUUUCACAUUUUGAGUCCGGCACGCAGGACCGAGUCCGGCACGCAGGGCCAAGUCCGGCACGCUGGGCCGAGUCCGGCACGCUGGACUGAAAGUGUGCAUGCAUGAUGAAAUCUGACACUCUGUUGAAACUGUAUUUUGAAGGGAUCUCAGGUGGACUGCAGGAGCGUGUCGCCCUCUCAGUAGUUUUAUUUUUGAUCAUUUUCAUCCAGUUCUGUCCUCCGGUAGAAACUGUCUGGAUCUGAAUCCUUCAUCAGAAAUAUUCCUUUAUUCAGUUUAAACUGUUAAUAGAUUUAUUCAUGUAAAGCAGACACUCUGAAGGAUCACUUCACCUCCUUCACCUCCUUCCAAACCUGACUCAUGUCUUUGUCCUCUGAUGAAGUGAAGGUGAAUGAAAGCUGCUCUUUAAUGUGAAGAUAAGUUGAUUUUGUCUGGUCUGAGUUCAGUUUGCUCCUCCGUUCAGUUCAGUUUGCAGGAAACUGAUGAAGAGGAUGUUUGUUGUUAGACCUUCAGCUUGAAUCUGACGGCAGCAUCGUGGGGACUCGCUGCAGGCGCCUUCGAUACGUUCAGCUGCACACGGUCUACAGGCGUGAAGAGACUGUAAAGUGUUCAUUUUCACUUCCUGCUGACACUAAUCUGAAGAUUAUGGUCCAGUUUGUUGAGAAGCUGCUUUGUGUUCGCAUGAUUAUUGAUUAUUGUCCUUUCACACAUUGUGCAGGAUAACAAGCUAAAAACCGUAACAACUUUGGCAGAUUUUGGUUCAGCUGCUCAGUGGGUGGAAGAAACACUCAGUACUUUACUUCAGUAAAAGUAGUAAUACCACAGAGUAUAAGUACUGUUACAAGUAAAAGUCCUUCAUUCAAAAUGUAACAAAAGUACAAAAAUUUUAGCAUCACAACAUAAAAAAGUAAAAGUAGUCAUGCAAAAUGGUGUGUAAUGUUGUGUACAGUGUUGCAUUUAUUAUAUAUGUGUUUCUCAUUUACUCAAGUGUACUUGAGUACAAAUUCAAGGUACUUGUACUUUACUUGAGUAUUUCCACUUUAUGUAACUUCAUACUUCUCCUUCCUCACACCUCAGAGAUAAAUGUUGUACUUUUUACUCCAUUACAUUUGUCUUUAGUAACUACUACUACUCUUCAGAUUCCUUCCUGUCCAGUGAAAAGCUCGUA